AAGUGCCUCUCACACUCACACAUUGUUCUGUGUCCAGCUGUGCCUCGUUCUUCUGUGGGCUGAGAUGACGACAUAAACUAGUGAGGGGGUGGAGAGAGGCUGAUUCAGAGCAGUAUGUUCAUUCUGUGUUAGCAUCUCGCUGUGAUGUCGAUGUGUGAAGCCUGAGGUGAUUUAUCCUAUUGCAGAGCCUGAGUAGAAAAUCCCAAGAUGCAGUGGUGCAAGUGGGCCGGCGGCUGGAGAUCACACCUACCGAGACAGUCCCCAGAGCCGGAUAUUGAGGACUCUUUCGACUUUCUUUUUAAAAUCAUCCUGGUUGGGGACUCGGAUGUGGGGAAGACCUGCGUGGUGCAGAGCUUCAAGUCGGGCAUUUUUAUUGAGAAGCAGCAAAACACCAUCGGGGUCGACUUUACUGUUCGUACUCUGGAUAUUGAUGGCAAGAAAGUGAAGAUGCAGGUGUGGGACACGGCAGGACAGGAGCGUUUCCGCACCAUAACCCAGAGCUACUACCGCAGUGCCCACGGGGCCAUGGUGGCCUACGACAUCAGCCGCCGGAGCACGUUUGAAUCUGUUCCCCACUGGAUCAGAGAGGUGGAGCAGUACGGAGCUGCCAGCGUGGUGCUGAUACUCAUCGGUAAUAAGUCAGACCUGCACACUCAGAGGCAGGUGUUAUUCGAGGACGCCUGCACUCUGGCAGAAAACAACAACGUGCUGGCCGCCCUGGAAACUUCCGCCAAGGAGGCCCAGAACGUGGAGGCCGCCUUCAUCCUCAUGGCCCGGGAGCUGCUGGCACGGAACGGCACGACCAUGGCAGACGAGGCCUCCCAGGACUCACCUCAGUUCACGCUGAGUAAUAACUCUCACCCAGUUACCGGCACCGUGUCUUCAGAUAAGAAAUGUGGGUGCUGAAGAAGCAGGGAUGGGCUGAUUUAGACUUGUUUAGAAAAUGUCUGAAUAUUCAAUUUACACGUUUGAAAAAGUUCACUACCAGAGCAUUUAGGUUAUUUAAAGGGAAAUUGUGUGUUGCAUUGUGUGUGUGUGUGUGUGUGAAUUAAGGGUGUGUAUAUGUUUGACUUUUAAUAUUUAUACAGUUAAUAGAAUUGGUAACAGUUUUAAGUGGUGGUUGUCAUUUUGUAAUAUUCUUCUGAGGAUAACUGCUGCUGAAUGUGUUAACAGACCACACACUGCACCACAGUAAACACUACGUUUUCACAGGA